GAGCUCUUGCAGGUCAAUGUCACACACAUUCCAGGAAGAAUGGACGCACGCCUGGUUGCAGGUGAUUCGUCUAUUUAAACACAGCAUCACAGCAGCUCUGAGCUCAGAACCAGACAGUUCUUUGACUGAGACGCAUCACCUGUAUUCUGAUAUAUUAAACACAGCUCAAAGGAUUACAUCGCCGACAAUGGACUUUGACAAGACAAGCAGCUUACGGUUUUUGAGCUCCUUCAUCCUCUUAAUAAUGCUACCUCAGUGGACCCCAGUAGCAGGCUGGUCCUACCAUUACUCUAACACCACCAUGGACUGGAAUACUGCUCGUCAGUGGUGUAGGGACCGCUUCACGGACAUGGUGGCCAUCCAGAACCACGGUGAAAUCAACCACCUCAACACCAUCCUUCCUCGAGUAGAUGGAUACUACUGGAUCGGCAUCCGCAAGAUCAACAACAGCUGGACCUGGGUGGGCACUAACAAGAAGCUGACUCAGGAGGCCAAGAACUGGGCCAAAGACGAGCCCAAUAACGGACAGAACAACGAAGACUGUGUGGAGAUCUACAUUAAGAGGGAAAUGGAUGAGGGCAAAUGGAACGAUGAGUCCUGCACAAAGAAGAAGACUGCACUUUGCUACACUGCAUCCUGCAAGAAAGACUCCUGCAGCCACCAUGGAGAAUGUGUGGAGACCAUCAACAACCACACGUGUAAAUGCUUUGAGGGCUUCUAUGGAGAAGAGUGCCAGCACGUUGUGAAAUGCCAAGCAGAAGAAAUAUCUGCUCCUGAUCACGGCAGCGUCAACUGCGUCCACCCUAAUGGCAAUUUCUCGUACGAUUCUCAGUGCGAGUACACCUGCAAUGAGGGCUACCAGGUCGUCGGCUCACAAACAACACAGUGCGAAGCCUCAGCAGCUUGGUCGAUCAAACCACCGACCUGUGAACUCGUCCAGUGCUCUGAUCUGACUGAGCCUCUUCACGGCACCAUGCAGUGUGAUCAUCUGCUUGGAAGCUUCGGCUAUCAGUCCUCCUGUGAGUUUAGCUGUGAGGAAGGAUACAUACUAGCAGACUCAAGCUCCAGCAAGCUGAUGUGUGAAGCCACAGGACUCUGGAAUGAUUCUCGGCCCAUCUGUGAAGCUGUUCGUUGUCCAACUCUUGAGGACCCUGCAAAUGGCAGAAUCAUCUGCAGUGGUGAAAGUUUUGGCAGCAGCUGCAGCUUCAGUUGUAAUGAUGGGUUCAGCCUUCAGGGGGCGCCACACAUCACCUGCACAGAGUCUGCACAGUGGAGCCAGGAGAAACCUUACUGUGAAUUUGUCCAGUGCUCUGAUCUGACUGAGCCUCUUCACGGCUCCAUGCAGUGUCAGCAUCCUCUAGAAAGCUUUGGCUAUCAGUCCUCCUGUGAGUUUAGCUGUGAAGACGGAUAUACACUAACAGGCUCAAGCUCUGGCCAGCUGGUGUGUGAAGGCACUGGACAUUGGAAUGACUCUCGGCCCACCUGUGAACCUGUUCGAUGCCCAACUCUUGAGGACCCUGUGAAUGGCAGGAUGAAAUGCAGUGGUGGUAGUUUUGGCAGCAGCUGCAGCUUCAGCUGUAAUGAUGGGUUCAACCUUCAGGGGGCGACAGACAUUACCUGCACUGAGUCUGCAGAGUGGAGCCAGGAGAAACCUUACUGUGAAGCUAUCAGAUGCCAGCUGCCAGAUGUGCAGGCUCCCCUAAACUUUGGAUGCAGCAGAAGCUCAGACGACCUCACAGUCAACUUAACCUGCUACUUCAGCUGUGACGAAGGCUUUGAGCUCCAGGGGCCAGCGAGUACUGAGUGCACAGUGACAGGAGAAUGGAGCACAGCCAUCCCAAGCUGCACAGCAGUGACAUGUCCGUACCUCCAGAAGCCGGACAAUGGCCUCAUGAACUGUUCCUCUGAGGAGGCCACCGUCGGGACUUCCUGUUCCUUCAGCUGUUUAGAUGGCUACAUUCUUCUCGGCGAUGAGGUGGUGACAUGUAACUUCACCGGCGACUGGUCUGGAGCAGCAGCUGAGUGUCAAGCUCCUCCUGAGCCCCAGUUGAGCCCACCCUUGGUGACCGGCCUGACCAUAGCAGGAGGUGUUAGUUUGUCCAGCCUCGCUCUGGCUCUCUGGAUAAUGAAGAAACUCAGGCAGAAAGCUGAAAAGUUUGACCUAAGUAACUCGGACAUUGAUGUGCCCUCCCAAGUAUACAAGAGCAUCGACAGUUUAAUAUAGAGAAACUGUGGCUGCAAACUACAAACUAAAGGGCCCUACUUGUGAUGACCCGGUCAGUCCUGCGUGGACGUCCUCUUCAGAGUGAAUGAAGAAAUGAACAACAGAGUGAAUACAUUGAGGUUGAUCCUUGGUUCUCUGUACUAUGCUUGAAUGAAUGGACUGGAAAGGACGUCACUGAUUAUUUAAAAUAUUGUCUUGUUCCUAAUGGAAGUUUUUCAUAACUUAUUGAACAUAUUGUUCUGUAUUGUUUGUGAGUAGAUACAUGAAUCUUGAGACGUAUGACAUGUUGUGUAUUUAUUUUCGGGACUUUUUAUUUUUCGGAAUAUAUUUAUAAUGGUUACCACGACUACUGUACCUUAUCCUAAGAACUGUAAUCUAUUUAUUUGUUUCAGACAACUAAGCUAAUGUGGUUGAGCCAUUUAGAAGCGUACAUUGUCAGUAUUGACUAGUGAUUUUCUAAAUGGCAGAAAAGCAGCUCACAACACACAUCAGACAUGAUUAAAAUGUGGCCGAGUGAAAUAUUAUUUAUAUAUGGUUUUAUAUAUGCUUACACACACAUAUAUAUAUAUAUAUAUAUAUAGGAGUUAGUGUUUCAGAUAUGCCUCAUGUGCGUUUAUUUAUUUGUUUUUGUGUUACGCAUGAAUGUUUGAACUUUCCUAAGACAAAUAUAAACCCUGAAGUUGAUGCCGAUGUAUGAAUUUAUUUUUAAAUAAAUAAAAGAUGUAAACCAAA